AUUGCAAAGAAAACAUGCCCUAAUAUCUCCCAUUUCGUCGACGUUGGUAAUAAAAUUACUCCGAAUCAAUAAUCGGUGGUUAGUGUCUUCAAUUGCAGCCAUGGCUGGUAGAGAAGUUCGAGAAUAUACCAAUCUCACAGAUCCUAAAGAUAAGAAAUUUAGUAAAGGAAAGGAUAAAAUAGAUGACGAGGAAAUUGCCUUUCACCGCAUGGUUUCUAAGGGAUCUUGGCUUGUCCUACUGGGUGCUUGAUAUGUUUCAGAUGCGAGAUGUUGCUGGGGAACGUGGAGGUUACCUUCAUGGAAGAGGCGCCCUAGACUGUGAUGACCUGCUCUAUCUCAAGGAACAGAUGGAAGCUGAGGAGGACGCUGAACGCCUUCUGCGCCGCACUGAAAAACGUGCAUUCCAAGUAUUCAAAAAAGCUGUUGCUGAUUCUUCACCUGCAUUACUUCCUCUGGCGCUUCGUGUUGAGCCCAAGCCAAAGAGUGGGAUCAGGCAACAAGAUCUACUAAAAAGGGUUGUAGAAGUCAAAUCUAAGAAGCCGAAAGUCUCUAACCCAUCCAAUGGGAAUGAUUUUCUUGUUCAUCCAAGUACACAUGCUGCACCAAGUGGCAAGUGUGAUGCCGAUCAUGAGAAGCAGAUAGAAACUUUGCCAGCUAGACCAAGUGAUGCUGGAGCUAGAACAGAGAUAGAAAAUCCAGUGAAAAAAUUGCUUGCUGCAUAUGAGAGUUCUGAUGAUGAUGACUGAUUUUGCUAGGAUUUAUUUGUCUAUGAUGCUUAGUAGAGUGUUUGAAUCGAGAAAACAUCAGUUAUAGGUGCUUGAAUUAAUGAGCAUCAUUAGUUGGUGUAUGUGCCCAUCCUAAUCAAGAACUCUGACUUGCUUGUUUUAACAUGCUUACAGAUGAUGAGCAGCCGCAAUUCAUACUGGA